GAGAAUCAGUAAAGGCAGAACAAGAUACAUCAGCUCAGCAUAAAGACAGACUCUGGCCACUCAAGUAAAAAACAUGGGGACUGAUAACAUGACUUCCACUGUACGUCAACCAGACAGGAUGGAGGGGAUUCUCAGGAAUGUACGCACAGCCUGCCUGGUCAUCUACUGCGUGAUAUUUCUGGUUGGAACUCUGGGCAACAGUCUGGUCAUCUACGUGACAGGCUGCAGGAUGAAGAGAACAGUCAACUCAGUCUGGUUUCUCAACUUGGCGCUGGCUGACUUCCUCUUCACGGCCUUCCUGAUUUUCUCGAUCAUUUCUAUCUCUCAGGAUCACCAAUGGCAAUUUGGACGAUUCAUGUGCAAGCUCAACAGCUUUGUGAUUGUGGUCAAUAUGUUUGCCAGUAUCUUUCUCCUGACAGCCAUAAGUCUUGAUCGUUUCCUGUCAGUCUGGUGGGUGGUGUGGGCACAAAACAAGCGCACCAUUUGCAAAGCCCAGAUCAUAUGCAUUUUCAUCUGGAUAGCCGCUAUAGUCUGCAGCACCCCUUAUGCUGUUUUUCGUGAGCUUAGGUUCACUGGGGGGAAGAUUUUCUGUAGUUAUACUCCACACAUGACACAUGAACAAGCAUGGACUCUCGGCAUUUUUCGCUUUGUUAUGGGCUUCUUCAUCCCAUUCCUGGUGAUAUUUGUCUCUUAUGUGGCCAUAAGUGUUCGUGCCAGGCGCCUGCAGAGGACCAGGAAACAGAGACCUCGGCGAAUCGUUUUCUCCAUCAUUCUUGCAUUCUUCAUCUGCUGGUUGCCCUACCACAUUGUGCAUUUCGUAGAGUUAAAGUCCUAUACUGACCCCUCGCUCCGGAAUACUGUUAGGAUUGCAGGUUCUCUACUUCUGAAUCUGGCUUUUAUUAACAGCUGCCUGAACCCCAUUCUCUAUGUUUUCAUGUGUGAUGAAUUCCAGAAGAAGCUCAAGCAGUCCGUAUGCCACGUCCUAGAAAGCGCCCUGGCAGAGGACCACUUGUCCUUUAUGUCCUCUCGCACCUUAUCGUCACACUUUUCUCGGAUUUCCCGGAAGUCGGACUCUACUGCGCCUCCAGAGAGGAAAGGCACGGCCACUUCCUCAGACACCGAAAGCAAAGUGGUCAUCACAGAAGAAAAAGAGACAGUUAGCUCUGAGUAAGGCCUCCACAGCCACUUGCUUUGACUUCACAGAAAGCAAAGUGGUUAUCACAGCAGAGAGACAGUAAGCACUGAUUGGGACUGCCACCACAGGUGAUGUAAAUUUUAUGGGUACAGAUCUCUUUUUAAAGCCAAACUGAACACAUACUGAAAAUGGCAUGUUGAUUCAGACAAUGCAUUUGUGCGCAGAAAAAAAAUGAGUUGGAUGUUUGUAAUGAGUGAUUUGAAUGUUUUUUUAAUCGCCUAUACACGAUUAGGUGUUUUCACUUAAAGCUGAUAAGAAGAAAUGAACAUCAAACGCUUUAUUUCCUGCACUCUGGUGAUUUUUUUUAAUGCAUCCGUUUGUGUCUUUUCUGCACCAGUGUAUGAUAAUUGAGCUUCCUGCUUCAUAGAUGUGUUAUCCUCUCUCCCUUUAAUGGCAGAUUGCAACCAUGGCUUUGGAGGCAGCAAACUCUUAUAACCUACUUUACCAGAGGCACUGUUGCAUCUAUGAUCCUGAUCCAGUUUGACAAAAUUAAAGUCCUCUGCUACUUUUGAUAUUUUUUUAUUGUUUUUUUAUUGAGGUGGAUGUGCGUGUGUGUAUCGUCAAAAAAUCUAUGCCUGUGACAGAUCUAAUCAGCCAGAAUAAUUGAAAACACCUACACGGGUGUGUUGUGAUGUAAGAUGUACAUAUGAAUUUCUCCGUGUAACAAUGACUUAUUUUGUACCACUGUAACCUUCAAGACAUCAGAUAUGGAAUUACCUGUAACUCGUGAUAAAGACACCAGUUUUAUGUUUAUGCUUAUAACCUUUGGAUGAACUUCUUAUUUACCCAUGCUUAUUGAUGAGCAAAUUGUCCACUGCAGUAUCCAUGAUACUAUCACGCAAGUCUGAGCUUUAAUAACUAAGCUAUAUGCAUUUUGAUACAGUGAAUAAAGUCUUAUUUUUAA